AUGCCCCCUCUCGAUAACAAGCCGCAGCUGCAACGUGCCCCGCUGCCCAUGCCGCCUGCGAUGUCACAGCCCUCGUCUGUCCAGUUCGCUCCACCGCGGAAUAGGACACCGCCUUCUGAUGACGUGGACAACGAGUUUGGCAGUGGAGAUCAGAAGGGCAGGGGUGUGAAGGGGAAGAACGUUAACUGGAAGGAGAAAGAGGAGAUCAACAAGGACAAGGCUUCCAAGUCAACCGAGCUCUCUAUUGUCGAGUCAUCCGCUCUUGGUCAGGCCCUUACCAAGGAGAUGAAAAAGACUGAAGACAACUUGCACAAUCGCAUCGGACGCCUGAUCAACAAGGAGAUGGAUAAACAACAUCAACGCCUGGAAGAGGCACGUCUGCAUGAGCAGGCUGAGGACUUUGCGCGCCAGGAGAAGAUCCUCAAGCUCAUUUCCACUGAGUUGACGAGGAACACCACUCGGGUCGUCGAAAUGGCUGUCAAGACGGAGAUCCAGAAUUCGGUACUGCCUGCGCUUGAAACCAUGACCAAGACGGAACUGAAGACCGCAUUCAAUGAGCAAGUCGCCACCACUUUGGCAGAUCUGGUUAGCAGGCAAUUGCCCCCAGAGCUGGAGAAGAGCCUCCUCCGCUCAUCGAUAUCGAAUCAUUACGCUGGUCUCUUGUCUUCAAAUUUAGCGCCCGCGAUUGAGCGCCAGAUUAAGGAAAUCCUGACGACAAAUUUCUUCCAAUUCCAUGCGCAACAAACUGCUAGCAUGCAGCAGGAUCUGACGAGGGAGCUCAGGUCGGAGCUGUCUCUCAUGAAGUCGGAGUUCGCGAAGUGGCAUAGCGAGUCGCUGAGAAACCACGAGACAACCAUUCGCGAGCUGGAGCACACCGUGCGAGCGUUGUCCGAGCAAGUGAAGUAUCUCAGCAUGAAUGCACCCCCGCCCAUCCUCCAUCACCUGCAGCCGACUCAGCAACCUCAAAACUCUCCUGGAGGUCCUCCACCCCAACUGCAAGCUAACCUAGGCCCGUCCCACCUCCGCCAGGCUAAUAUUCCUCCUGUCAAUGCCCCAACGGGCUACACCCAAACGCAUCCUGCUCAGUUCCAGCAGCCCCCUCCCCAACAGCAGCAGCCACCCGUUCAGCCGUGGUACAACACCAUCGCGGCGCCUCAGGCCUCGCACCCCGCGACCAUUCCUCAGCCCCCUCCGUCGGCGCCACAGCCAGACCGGACGCCGCCCAUCAAGCCAGACCAAUGGGACGAGAUUUAUCUCGGUGUGCUGCACUCGCAAGACCAGACCAAGCUGCGAGAUUUGUUGUUGCGGACGAACCCAGACCUUGUCUUGCCGUUGAAUGGGCCUCCACUCGUGUCCCAAGCUGUCAUCUUGACGCUUAUUCAUAGGCUGUCAGCUGUUGUCGGUGACACUGCUCCUGGGGAUGAGGCCUUCAAGACCUCGUUGUGGUGGCUGCAGCGUGUGGCGAGUCUCCUGCGCCCUGAUGACAAACUCAUCGCUGACUUCAUCCCGCGGGUUAUCCCCACCGUCCAGUCAUCUCUGAACACCACAAAACAACGUCUGGCCAUCCUUCCAGGUGGCUCAGCAACGAUGGAGACUGCGCGUGCGCUGUCGGAUGUCCAAGAGGCUCUCCGCCGAAAGGUUGCCUCGUAA